CAACUUGGUUUAUUUUUACCGAACAUGUAGAUGUUAAACGUAAUUACCAACUGCAGUCGAAACGUGGCUUCCGCAUCCGUUAAGUGAGACUUCGCGGGUCAAGAGUAUUUCAUAUAUCAAGAUAUCAACCUGCGGUUUUGAAUGCAUAUUAUGCUUUGUAGUUGUUGUACGUUCUUUAUUUCCUAUCGUGAGAACCAAACGCUAAGCGGUAUAUUUAACUUUGUUACGAGAGAAGUUUAUCUCCGAGGAAACAUGUCGCUGCUUUCUGCGGUAGAGGAGGCUAUCAAGACCUAUAAGGCCGAACAAGUCAGGCUUAACCACAGCAUUCAAUUUCACCGAGAAAUUUUACAUAGUCUGAUACCACAACCAGAAGCAGGCUCUGAAGAAACUGAAUUAGCAGACAAUGCUGCUGCAGAUGCAGAGUCCUCGCCAGGGGAGAAAGAAGACAUAGAACUGCUUGAGCAAGCACUGGAAAAAGCUCUUCGGGUCCGCACUGGCUCAGAGGUCUCUAAGCAAGACUCCAGCAAAAGAAAACUAUCCACAACUAAAGCAACAGAACGCAUGCCAGCUCUAUCAGCAGUGACUAAACAUGAUCAACCAACCAUCAAGUCAAGUAAAAAAUCUGCCAGCCUUCACGGAAAAGGGCCCAAAAAGCCAAGUGUUUCACAUAGCUUAAGGCCUUCAGCGGGCCACAAACCAGCACAGUCCAAAAACAGAACCCAACACCAUCCCUCCUCAGCUGCUCGGGCCGGGCAUCACCAGCAGACUGUCUUGGCAGGAUUUAAAUCUCCUGAUCAAAUCACAGCCUCGCUCUCGACAAACAAGACGGUCAGAAGCAAUAUGCCCCGAGACGAUGGGCUGAGCAAAUCUGUAUCUGUCCCCAUGCCUUCUUCAGAUGACAUGUCCUUUUCAGGGACAGAUGGACCUGGGGUCGGCAGUUUGCAUCAACACAACGGGGGGCUUUCUGAGGAAAUUGCAAAAUGGAAAUCUUUAAGGAGCAAACAAAACAGAUUGUGGGACAAAGUCAUUGCCUUACAGAGGAAUCCAGAGCCUGGGAGGAGUCGCUUCAUGCAGAGAAUAAGGACAACGUUUCCUAGUGAUUGGCCAAGUGGAAGUCCAAAUGAGACCAGGUUCCAGCUCCACAGACUAACCGACCAGGCAUUCAACCUUGCACACGUUUGCCAGACCGAGAAUAUUCUUGCCAGUGAGGUGCCAGAAAUGGACACUGGACUUCCUGGUGGUAAGCAGACCAAGUCCCAUUCCAGCCUGACACCUGAAGGGCUGCAGCUGGCAGCUGCAGAGCUCCACGUUCUGGCAGAUAAAGUGAAGCGAGAGUGGAAGGCAUGGGAUCGAUGGAGGCCAAAGGGAGGCUGUCUUUGCCCGUCUGAGGCAGCCGGCCUGUUUGCAGAUGGAGCGGCUUCACCUCUGCCCCUGACCGUAACCUACAGCACACAGCAGGAGCUACAACAGCUGGAGGAGCUGCGCAUGAGAGUGGCACUGCUGCAGCAAGAGACUUACUUUGAACAGGCUCUCUUGGACUCUCUGUCCUCUCAGUUCUCAUCCAUCAGACCUGGACCUGGAUGUCCCAGUCCAAGUAUGCUCAGAGACAUGUACUCCCUGCUGGGUGAGGGAGGGGAGCGUUUUGCUGCCAUUGUCCAGGACUCUGAGCAUGAAUGACAGCUGAGGUGGUCACACUGAGAGUAAACGAAAAAAGCUUAGCAACAGGUAUGGGUACAUGAGGCACCUAUUAGCAUACGGGAGUGCAUUGAAAACCCAAUAGUCACUUCAAGUUGAAAGAUUAGUUGAACCGCAGCAUAAUAAAGCAGGGGUAAAUCAUACUGAAGUCUCUAUUAAAGAUACUCCAGUAAAUUAAAAUCUAUAUUUGUGUGAGCUCUGAUUGACGAUCUGUCUGUAAUACAUCUGAGCUCCUCCUUAGCUCCUGUGAGACUGUGACUGAUUAAUGUUGUUUUUGAAUUUUUUUUUUUUAAAUACCACCAUCUAUGAAUGAAUAUAUGGACAUAUACAGUUAAUGUUAUUUUUUAUAUUCUAUUUUUUUCCCCUAAAUGCAUGCCUUAUUAAUAAAUUGUUUAACACAUUUUGUCGCAUUCCAUUUCUAAAUUUAAAUGUAUUUUAUCCUGCUGACUAUGAAUAAAGUUCACUGCAACAAAUUGCCUCCAGCAGUCACCUAAUUAGCAAAUAGGUGUAUAUUCUAAUCUUAGUCUAAAUAAAUAUAGCUGUUUUGCAAAAAGCUUUGGAAAAUUUUUAGAACAUAGUAAAAAACAACAUUAAUUUUACUAUGAUUAUGUUAUAAAAUAUACACAGAAUCUGUGACAAGACUUGAAGAUUGUUGGUCUGACACCGGAUUUUAUUUUGGGGUAUUAGUGUAAAGGGAUGGAGAAUAGAAAUUAACUACAUGUUUUUGCAUUUUUGUUGGUUAAAAAUGCUGAUAACCAUUCGUCAUCUUCCUUCCACUUCACAGUGGUGUGCUACUCCGUCGAUCUCAUAAAAUCCCGAUACAGUGGAAGGCUAUGGUUGUUGAAGGUGCAUGAUGGCAUUUGCUGGGGCAUUUUAGUUACCCAUUGUGCCAGCAGGUAACACUCAAUAUUAGGAAUGACCACAAAGUGACAGAUGUUACUCAGGGCAGUGUGUCAAAAUAAACCUGGGUCUGGGUUUAUUUGAUACAGUAUGUAUUUAAAAUAUUAGUAUUUGCGGAGUUUUUGAGUCGUGAGUUGGACCUGCAUCACUUCCAUUUUUGUUUCAGUUCAGUCAGUGCAAGAGGUAAGGCAGGAAGCUCCGCCUUUACGCUUCAUGUUUCACCAUAUGCUUUUGAUUUCCACAGUGGAGUUUACAUGCAAACAUACACAUACUCAGCACAUAUGGGUCCAUCUCUAUAUGUUUGAUUUAAAAAAAAAAAAAACACCCUGUUUUCUUGCCCAUCUCAACUGUGAUGCGAGGGCGUACGUGAGAUGCAGGGGCUGGGUCUAAAAAUGCUCGAGCCCACAGAUGACGAGUGGACUGCAGGGGCCACGGCAGACUCGGCGACAGGUGGCGCUGGGUUCACACAGCAGGGCGUGGGUGUCUGAGCUCUGCUGCACACACAAACAUAAGGGACACGCACAACCGGAGCCAGGCUGAGUCACAGAGACGAUGUGCUCAUGGACCCAGCUCUCUGCACUCUGCAAGCUGGAAAUGGCAUGUUUCCCCGAGGACAGGAACCGAAAUAAGAUUAAAGAAAGAUUACUAUUUCAGUCUCAGAUAGCCUGUUGCUUUUGAAGCAAAAGGCCAUGCAAUAACUCAAUUGACUAAUGCUGAGUUAGAAAAGACAUUAUUAGUUAAAACUUCGACAAAUAUAGCACAGAGCUGCCUCUCGAUAAACCCUCGGAUCACUAUUAGAGAGGAGAUAUGCAGGGAAGCGUCUCUGAGAUCACGUCAACGCCACACACGGGUCCCUCUGGGAGCAGCGCCUACGCAGCUCAGCCUUCCUGCGACCUGUAUACAUCAGCGGCUCUGCUGUCACCAGCAGAGCUCCUCCACUCCCCGCCAGCGUGGCCCAGCCCUGCCCAGGUUACCCAUCUUUCACAGUUUUUUUUUUUUUUUUCUUUUUUUUCUCACGCUCCUUUUUGGUCUCAUUAUAGGGAGGUCUAAACAGUUUUGCUUUCAGAGGAAGAUACUUACUGGAAAACUGCCUCUGGAUCUCAGUCAUAUUCCCACACUUGGAUGAAUUAGCUCAUAAAUUCCUUCCUAUGUUUCACUUUUUUCCCCCCUUCCUUUUUUAUUUGAAGUGAAAGAGUUCAAGUACGAAUCCAGAGAAACAAAACCGGGCUAGAAAGAAUCCACUUCUCUCCUUCAAUUGCCUCUUGCUUUUAAAAUUUUUUUUCCCCUUCUGCCUCUGCUGUUCACAAACACGUUCUUUACUUUCUCUCUUUUAUUUGUCUUUGGCUCAUGAAUACGUCUUUUGCUCAGUGAGCUGCUUGUUAACUCUGUUUUGUUUUGUUCCCCUCAACAAUCAGCCAGCUUAAUCCUGCUUUUUCACUCUGGUAACCUAACAACAAUUGUCCCCACAAAUAACCGUGCUUGUCAUUUACAGAGGAAUACAAAGUAUUUGUUCAUUUGUUUUGUGCAUGCCUUUAAUUAUCGGGAGUUGAUUUGCUGCCAAGCUGAGGUCCUGUUAAUGAAGCCAUGGGGUUAAAAAUGUAAUUAAACUGGCUGUUAUUUUUUUCCAAUACACAUUUACUGGGCCUUGGAAAGUAUUCAUGCCCCUUGGACUUUUCCAGAUUGUGUCUAGUAAAUCUGGAACCAUACACCUUAAAGUUCUGACUUGUUUUAAGAAAGUGCGAAGCAACUAUAGAGUUGACAUAAAAUAUGAUUCAGUUUAAUUAAAUGCGUUUAGAAAUUUCAAAUUAGUCAAUUGACGCCUAAUGGCUUAAAUAGACAUCAACCGGACAUCUCUUGCUUCUUGAAAGUCUCAAAAGCUUCUUUAGUUCUGAUCACAGGUAAGAGUAUCAUCAAAGGUUUGUUACAAUAGUGGAAAAAAUACUUUGUAAGACAAGCAUAAGGAGUUAUAUUUGCAGUUUAACUCAAGUUAUAUAAAAUAAAAGAAAUGGGUCUAGUCAGGUGACCAGGAUUUGACCAAAUACCACACAUAAGCCCCAACACUCCAUAGCAAGAAUGAAACAUGAUGGUGGCAGCAUUAUGCUGUGGGAUGCUGGUGCCUCCAGGAAGUUUUCAAAAGGGGUGGGUAGAUGAGGGCCAUCUUUGUAUUAGAAUAAGUCCACCAAAAGCCAUUAAAGAAUUUCAGGAGUUUUAUAGGAUGGGUGUGUGUGAUAAGUGGACAUUGAAAUGUUUUUGUAAAGGACAAAAUAUUAUGUGUUAAUAUAUGAAAUAUUGCAACAGAUUAGUAGGUUGUCAUCUCCUUUAGACGUGUGAUUGAUUUUGCAUAUAAAAUUGUCCUUUUGGCCACUGGGGGGGCUGCGUCAUGCUUUGGGGAGGCUUUUCUUCAGUAAGAUUGAUGAAACACAUGGCAGCCAUGGAAUAAAUCUAUUAGACGAUGCAAAAAGCCUGAAGUCAGGCUGGAGGUUCACCGUCCAAAAGGAACCCUAAAUACACAGGAAUGACUGAGAUCAUGGUCUAUUCAUGUGUCAUAUUGGCCUAGUCAAAGUCUGGACCUUAUUUUAAUUGAGAAAAUGUGUUGACUUGAAAACUGUUGAUCACACUUUCUCUUUACCGAGUCUGACUUGAGUUUAAGCUUUUUUUUUCUUUUCUUUUUUUUCUUUUUUUGCUACAUUAAUCUGGGAGAGAGAUUUCCAAAAUGCCUUGCAGCUGUAGCUGCUGCAAAAAGUUAUUUUUUAAGGUAUUGAGUUCAGUGAAUAUAAAUACAUGCCACAAUUUUCAGUCUUUAAAAAACAAUUUGAGAGCCACGUACAAAUGUAAUUCCACUUAACUAUUAUGUACUGCUUUGUGGUCUAUAAUUAAAUCCUAAAAAAUACAUUGAACUUGUAUUUGUAGCAUUACAAACAAACAAACAAACGAAAAACUGUGACAAAGUUCAAAGAUUUAUAAAUACUUUUCCAGGGCAUGGUAUGUUUUCAUAGGCUCCUAUGUUCUUUUUUGCAUACAUAAACUCUAAACCUUUACUUGUUUUCCUGAUCCAUAAUUAUUUCCAUAAAUCACUGAGACAUAAAAAAAAAAAAAAAAAUGCUUCGCCUCCAUCUUCAAGCCCAUAAUGCCUCCAGAUAAAGACAGAAAUCCAGAUGUGUACCCCGCAUUUACUCUUUCCGUGCAUUUCAGCCACAGAAAAGGAAGCUGUCUAGGCUGAUGUUGUUUUCACAGAAAAGCGACUCGGGCAUACUGAGAGAUUAACUACAACCAGGUUGCCUUUCAUUCAGAAAGAGCUGACUGAAAGAGCUGGCGUUUACUGUGUGUGGGGGUGGGAAAUGACAGGGGGCUGCCUGUUUUUAAUCACGACCAUGGCCGUGCAUUGAAUUUUGCCUGAUUUGAUGCUAUUUAUCUUUUUUGUUGUUUACAAGCAUGUAAUGAAGUGUAGAUGGUUGCUGAAGUUGGAAUUUCUCAAUUUUUCCACUUCCCCCCUUGGAGAUUAAAUGUGGUGCAUAUGUGCAGUACUAGUUCUUCUCAGUGGAAAUGAGAAUUUCCCUCUCUACUUCCAGUGUUUUUCAGCAGGAGGCAUUUUAAUUCCCAAUGGGAGGGUUGUAUUCUCUGAAGAAGAAAAAAACAAAAAAAAAAAACUGAAAAAGACUGUUAUAGAGGUGCAAUGAUGGGAAACUGAGGAAAGGAGGGAGAUGUAAAGUCUUCUCCCCUCCCCCUUCCUAUGCUUCCCCAUUGUCCUCCCUUCUUCAGGGUUUGAUGUCACUCAAAAUAAGCCAAUCGUACCUCGUGGACUUCCUAUUCCAGUCUUUGCUCCUCCUAUUCCCUCAGUCGUUUAAAUAUAUUCUGUGGCACUACUAUGUGCAGAGUGUACAAUGUGCUGUCGAAGAACCAGCAGCCUGUGUAGAGCGUUACCGCCAGCGAGGAAAGAAGAGAGGAGGGAACGCGCUGGUGCCUAGGAUCAGCGUUUCUGAUUCAAUUGGGAUUGGCUUGCUCCCACAGUUAAGAUGGGCUGCACAACCGGACAAUUUGCUUGCCAACCACAACCCCAGGUAAACUCUGGUCAGGAGAGUUUGUCUCUGGAGGCUGGUGGUGCUAAAGUCCCCGAAGUUCUCUCCUCCCUGGAGCGUCUGUCUCAAGCUACUGGAGGCAUGGAGAAGUCGUGGUACCGCUGCAUCUUUCCCUUCGGCAUCAUCUCGUUGGUCAUAGGGAUUGCAGGAACAGGGGUGACCUACACUUACAACGACCUGCCACAAACUAAAGUUGUAUCAGUGGUGCUACUUGUCAUGGGAGUUGUGCUACUGCUGAUGGCGGGCGCUUGCUGGACUCUCCACAAAAAGAAGAGAAGGAAAAAGAAAGAGGGAGAAUCUCUGACAUCUGAGCAGUGUCCCCUAUGAAGCACAUAAAGGAAAGCAAAUAGAAGAACCUAAAAACAGAGACUGGCCAAGAGUUUGUCUGUGCUCAAGGAAUAGCUGAAAAACCCGUCACAUUACUUUCAACCAAUGCCAAAUCCCCUCUUUUAUAUAUCACGGAGUUGAGAGACAGCUCAGGUAAAGAAAUCAGAGUCAAAGGACAGGCGUUGUUGUCUAGAGAAGGUUUUGGGAUCACAAUUCCUGAAAUUCUCUUUGGUCAUCAAGCAGCAGGUGCCUCUUGCCAAAACAACUAUGGCGGGGACACACAAAAACACACGGUUUGUGUGUUUACAAGCAUGGAGAAACCCUUUGAGCUUUAAUGUGUUGACACCCAACACGCUUUGCAGUACUGCUGCUGCCGUCACGGGGAACGUCAGUCGCAGCAUUCCUCUCAUCGGGACAGGUGACUCUCCAAGAGGUUAGAAGUGGGCCAAAGACUGCAACCUGACACCCAGCUGAAAGAGCAGCAUGCCCGUGUCACCCGCCAACGUCAUUCGCUCGUCCUGUGACACUGCAGCAAUGUCCGAGGGGCUUUUUAUACGCCACAGGAGAGUGGAACUUGAGUCCGCCAGUAUCUUUGCUGGCAUGUGUGCCGAUGGUGACCCGGGCAGGGCAGAGGACUGGUAAACUGGUCUCAGAUCAAUAUUUGGUUGAGAGAUUUCUUUAGAAAGACCUGAGGAAAUUAAAAUUUUGCACACAUGCCCA